AAAAGAACUGCCUUGCCCAUCACUACUGCGCAGUGGAAUCAGAUGUGUUCUCCUGUUUAGUGGGUGGCGGUAAUGCGCCGUUCAGCUUGUUUUCGAACCCCUCUAAACUCUCAAGAACAAAAAGAGUCAGCUUCUCAUGACCAGACUGUGCGGUAGUUUGAUCUCCGCACUCUUGAAACAUGAGUAAAAUGUUCUUCUUACUGACGGUAACAUUAACCCUGUUGUGUACAGAGGUGUUACACGGGCUCCCGUACAGUCACUUUCAGGUAACGUGUAGUUUUCUGUGAUAUAAUCGUGUUUCUGAACAUAUUCGAGUAGAAGUUUAAGAUGUCUCGUGCCGGUUUUCUCGUGACAGAAGACUACUUGUAAAUAUAAGUCGAUAUGAAUCAUUUAGUGAAAUGUUUAAUAGUACAUGUGUCUUUUCUAUAGUCCAGAAAACAUCAUGGAAAAGGAAAAGGACCACAAAUCACAGAGCUGUUCUUCACCCAGACUCUGGACCACUUCAACUUCAACAGCAUGGGCAACGGGACCUUCAACCAGAGAUACCUCGUUAUAGGUCAAUUUUGGUUUAAGACCACUUUGAAUGUCACUAAUGAAUGAAGUAGUGACUCAUAUUCCCUUUUAUUCAUUCAUUCAGAUAACUUCUGGAAGAAAGGCUACGGUCCCAUCUUCUUCUACACUGGCAAUGAGGGGGACAUCUGGGAGUUUGCACUCAACUCUGGCUUCAUCACAGAGCUGGCUGCACAGCAGAGAGCCUUGGUUAUAUUUGCUGAACAUGUAAGAGGACACAGUGGUACAAAUCAGUACCAUAUGCUGUUUGACUGAACAUUGGCUUUUCAUGCAGUGCUGACUAAGUGAAAUUUGCACAUCAUGUGACAAAAAGAGAAGUAGAUGGCCGAAGUUUGUCACACACACACACACACACUGUCAGCUGGUUUUAACUUCUCAUAAUACUCACACACUGAUUUUCUGCACUGGUCACUUAAACAAACAAAACACCAUUACAAAAUAGAGGCAGCUGUCUAAACAAAAACAAACAAAAAACAAAACCAUCAGCCUAUGUUGCUUUCUAAAGGUUAAAAUCAUUGCCUCAGAGUUACUUAACAUAUUACAGCACAUGGGUAAUUUUACUGAUUUUCUCCUCAGUCACAAAGUUGAGAAGAUGCUUGCCGCAAUUUCCAAGCGGUUAGGUAGAUGUUUUAAAAUGCAUCUUCAAAAACUCAAACAUAUUUUCAUUUCUGUAACAGGAAAAAGAAGUUUCAUACCUAUACAUACAAAAGUUAGAACCAGCAAAGUCUUGAAAAGUGUUAGUGGAUAUUUGCAGCACCAAAUUUACCCCUUUUGUAAUCUUAUCUGAUGUACAAAUUUAUGUUCUUCUGGGGAGAUGCUGUUCAUGGUCUCUUAGUCUAGAAAUACAUCAACCUUUUUAAAACAGAUAUAAAACUACUGAAAAAAACAUCUAUGUAUUGAUAAGUUGUAGCUUUAGAGCGACAAACAGUGAAGUCAAGGUUAACAUGUCUCACUUCUUCCUCAGUAUGGAUGUUUGGUUUUGAUGUAGACUUCUCUUCACACUAAUUGCAUUUAUUGUAGUGCUUUAACUCUUUUUCUCUCCCUCCAGAGGUUUUACGGAAAAUCUCAGCCAUUCGGCAAAGACUCGUUCCUCAUCCCUCAGAUUGGCCUGCUGACGGUGGAGCAGGCGCUUGCUGACUACGCCGUCAUGCUCACUGAGCUGAGACAACAGUAUGGGGCAACGCAGUGUCCAGUCAUCGUGUUCGGGGGCAGGUAUGAUCUGCUCCACCCUCACUGAUCUGGAUUUACUCAGUUCUAUUGUGAUGAUUUACUUUCAUAACACACUUUUUUAUGUGCUUGAAAUAUUAUUCCUCCUGAAUUCACUUCGUGCAUCGCCUUCAACACUGUUUGACAGUACCUGCGUCAAGAUGGACUCACUGAUCUUGUUUUCUCUUGUCUAGAUCUUUGCUUGUAUUGUUCUUGCUCUUGACUGUAGGUUGCAUUGGAUGAAAGCAUCAGCUAAAUGACAUUGUAACAUUUUAAGUGUUCAACUAGGUAUACUACACACAGUGCUCAAUCAAAAAGCAGUGAAUGGGCAUAUGACUUAGCUACCAAGAAUCUAUGAAUAAUUGUAGACUUUAGUGAAAAAAAUAAAAACAGAGGAAAUCUGAAUAUAAGCAUCAUCAGUUUAAAUGAGAGGUAUCAUGCUUUCUCACAUGUACAACAAAAAUCUGCCAAGUUUGGUGUACCAAAACAUCGAGCUCUGCCCUCGCCAGCUUCCAGAAAGCCUCCAGAGAGGUGGCCAAUCAGUAAGGUUGUGGAGGGGGGGCCUUAAAAAAACAGCUGUUAAAAUGAAGCGUUUCAGAUGGAGGCUGAAAUAAUAACUUUUUAAUACACCACUGUGAGAAAUUUCAAGCCUGUCUUUAAUCUGAAAAUCAUGUAAAGCUAUAAAAGAGGUAUUAGAGUGAAAAUCUGAAGUCUGAAAUAAAAGCAUGAUAUCUCCCCACCUCCCAAAAGAUAAGAUCAGAACGACUUAAUUUAUCCCUGAGGAAAAAUUAUAAAAAGGAAGCGGACACCAGAGUCACAUACAAAAAAACAUUAAUUACAGUGCGUGCAGAUAGCCUAGCAGGUUAAACCACAUCCCACAUAUGGGGAUUAUGGUCCCUGCAGGUGUCAAGGCCAGUCCUAACUCUUUGCUGCAUGUCAUCUCUCUCAGUCUCCCACUUUUUAACUCUGUCUUAUUCAAUAAUGGCAAAAAUGCCUAAAAUUAAUUGGAAAAAAGAAAUACAUGGAUUACCUUACCUUUCCCGUAUGUGCAGAAUUAUAUUAGGAAAUAAAAAAACUAGAUACAAAAGUAGAGAUAAAAUAAAAUGUUUUAUCAGCAGCUAAAACUCAGCAAAAAGAGUUCCAGGUAUUGCACAAGAUCUAACAGAGAAUGAGUCAGGGCAGAGUCAAAUGUACUAUGCUGAUAUCUCCAUUUGUUUGUCAUUUGUGUCUUGAUAUUGCUGUCAACCAACCUUGGCUGUUAAUUUAUUAGUUUUAAAUAAAUGUAGCUUUAAAGUCAGAAAUGCCCUUGCAGAUAAUCUCCAACAGUAUCAUAUGUUGUUGAAUCUACUCUCCUAAAAAUCGUUCAGCAAAUCGUAACUUCUAGCAGGAAGUUUUGUAGGGUAUGGAUGGACAAAGCAGUUUACUUGGUUGACUGAGUUAUUUGGUAGCCUGUAUAAAAGUCACAUGACCCAAAUCAUGCACAGCAUUAAUCUGCCUUUUUCCAUUAAAUCCUUAAGUAAUUCUAAUCAUCAAGGAGGUAUUUAGUAAUAUUCUUGGAUUUAUAGUUAAGACUUGGUAGUAAGAGCGAAGCUAGGCCGAGUCAAACAGUCACUUCCAUGAACUGUGGAUGGAUGUGCACCAACUAACCUCACUUGACACUCAUAUUCAAAAAUUUUAGAUAACUUUUUUUUAACUUCUGCUAUCCAUCACCAGACUGAGGACUAGACUCAAAACCAGUCACAUAGUUUUUUUGACAGAUCUGGUUUCCUUUUGGGUUCAUAUUUGUCCAUGAGCUGUACCUCUGCAUGUUGAUUUUUGUAGAAUUUGGUGACUUUGAAUGUGACGUAACAUAUGUAUGUGUGUGUAGAUUGACAGAAAGAUAUAAAGAUAUAUUUGAAAUCUCUUUUCAGUUAUGGCGGGAUGCUGUCUGUCUACAUGAGACUGAAGUAUCCAAACAUUGUGGCAGGAGCUCUGGCUGCCAGCGCCCCCAUCAAGUCCACAGCUGGGAUGGGAGACCCUGCACAAUUCUUCAGAGAUGUUACAAAUGUGAGUUCAAAGUGGAGCUUGUGCUCCUAUUUGACAGUUUUUUUUAAAGGAGUCUGGCUGUUUGCAUAUCCUCUCUUAUUGCUUUCUAUUUAGAUUUGUGAGUUCAUGGCCAAUGGAAUUUUGCAGCAAAGAGUCGUGUCUGUUUUUAAGGCAGUGGGCCAGAGAGCGCAGGGAUUACGGACGUCCAGUAUUGGUUUUUAUCUCUUUAAUUUAUGCACCAGGAUUUCUUCAGAUUAUCAUAAUAUUUUAUUGAUACCUUGUACUGUAGAUGUUGCACAAAAUCCUGCACUCAUUUGCUUAUUGCAAACGAUAAAUUGGAUCUGAUUUGAUCAGUUUGUGAGUCAAACAGCAGUUCCUGCCACUAAUUGAAAUUCUCUUUCCUCGGGCAUCUCUUCUACUUCCUAUAAACAGUCAGUACAAAAUCCUUCUGUCCUGUUAUAAACCAUCUACACAAAACAGCCCUAGUUUUUUAAUCUUGCAAACUGAAACUUUAUUUCUUUCUGCUUGUAUGCAUAUAUAAGCUCAAUCUCUGCAUGCCCAUACCAAACCCUUAAUUUUAAACAUGUUUCUCUUUUUAAAGGAUUUUGAGAAAGUCGCCCCUGAAUGCACAGCGGCUGUGAGAAAUGCCUUCCAUCAGUUAAAAGAAUUAGCUGAUAACAGAGGUAACUUUGUACAAUGAGAUUAUGAUACUUAUCAUACAAGCAAAGAUGAGAAAUCCUUGACGAGUAAUUUCCUAGAGAAUUUCCUGCACCGUUGAUUUUCUGUAGAUUUUUGUGUGACAAGUACAGUUACUCUGCAUGGACAUUUCCUUAGUUAUUUGAUGUGAAUCCAUCACUGUUUGUUUGUAUUCAGUUUACAGUCAUAUCCAGUCUGAGUUCCUGCUCUGUAAGGUUCCAACAUCUGAGGUGGACAUUAGACAGCUGUACUUGCUGCUGAGGAAUGCUUUCACCCUGAUGGCCAUGCUGGAUUACCCCUACAGCACAUACUUCAUGGGGAAGAUGCCCGCAAACCCAGUCAAGGUAACUCAUAUCAUCUGAAACUGCUCUGGGAAAAAAAUAUAUUCAGCAAACCAACUUUGUAGAUAUACAAAGUGUUUGUUUUAAGUGUCCUUUUGCACCAGUGUCCAUUGGCUUGUGCUGGGAGCUCUCAGAAUAGAGCCAUACUGCCAGAUAUAAAUAUGCAUGAUCCAAAUAUCCCAUGUAAAUGUUUUUCUUAUUGACUAAAGUGGUCCUGAUUGAAUUUUGUUUUUGUGGAUGUAGUUUGAUAGGAUAGGAUAGCUAUUUACUCUCUAAAAUAGGUAGACAGGUAAAUAAACUCUCCGUUUGUUAAGAAUUUAAAAAAAAAAAAAAAGAGUAGAUGAUCAAAAUCUUUUUUUUGUUCUUUAGUUAAUACAGCUUUUCCAAUAAACUGUUAUUUUGCAGGAUGGUUAGUAGCUUACCACAUAAGAGGGACAAUUACAUUGUUGUGAUAUAAACAUGACAGUCAAGUCCUCAGAGUAUACACAAAGAUAAAAAAGACUUUGUGCAUCACAGUUACAAAUACAGAUGCUGUUAAUAACUUGGGUGUCUGAGUCUGAUAAGAUCUACCUGUUUGUUUCAGGUCGCCUGUGAAACCAUGCUGAGGGGAUCAGACAUCCUGGCUAACCUCAGGAACACAGCAGGUAAACAAACGCUAAAGGAGACUUGUACAAGAUCAGAUGUAGUUUAUAUGAUCAGACAGCAGAGGGCAGUGUUUGCCUUUGAUAACUGUUGGUUGACCAGAAACCUUCUUAACAGUGCUUUAUGAGUAACUAAAUAUUACCUGUUUUUUGUGUCGGCUUCUCAAUUUUUGUUAUUUAAAUAAUAUUUUCGAGUCAUUUCUGGACACCAGUUUCUAAAGGCAAGAAUAACAAACCCACUAAUAAAACACAAACACUCUGUUCAGCUGAAAACACACGAUUCAUCUUUUACCAGCUGACUUUGACCAUCAUGAAGACCCUACAGUUUAUAACAGUUUAGUUGUUAUUAGUUGGUGACAUUGCUGCUUAUUCACUCGUCCAAAAAAUAAAGGAUACAGGGAAUGAAGAACCAAAUGAAACAGGCUGAUUUAAUCCGAUUUGUUUUUCAAGCUUAGUGUUUGUAUAAUUUUACCUCUUCUAUUUUCAAGUUGAGUGACUUAAUUACUUUUAACAGAAAUAGUUUAUUUCCAUUUUUUAGUAAUUAUUCAUUACUCCUAAGAGUUUUAGGGGAAUGUAGGUUUCCAUUUUUUAGAACAAGUUUUCCCUCAAAAUCUGUGUCAGGUUAAAGUAAUACCAUAUCUUUUUAAAUCUAUAUUCUCAACACAAUGAACCACUCACAGAUCAUAAAUAAGGGUAGUUUUGAUUUUGUCUCGUAGGGAUCGUGUACAACACCACAGGCACGCUGACCUGUUUGGACAUUUACGGCCUAUUUAUGGAGUGUGCUGAUCCGACUGGCUGUGGACUGGGCUAUGACAGUCUGGCCUGGGACUACCAGGUACUCCUUCAAUCAGCAACACACAGCAGAAUACUAUAUGUGUUAUACAGAUCUGAUAGGAUGAUUUCAGGUAAGCACUUAAGCACUAUUAAUCCAUACCUUUUUUUAUUGACAUAUUUCUACAUACAGAUUUUUUUUAGCUAGAAGCUGCAGACUAUCAUGUCUUAAUCAGAUAUUUUAGGAUGAAUUUGAUGAUUGCAGUUUAUUCUACUUAAAGAUGAUAUUUUCAAGUAUUGGUCCAGUCCCGAUUUAAGUAAAUGGUAGUGUGAGUCUAUUUUUACAAAAUAGCAGUUUUGAUAGAUGUGAUUUUAAAAAUAUACCAUGUAUGUUUGGUGCUGCUUAAGAACUCUUCCCUUGUUGUGUUCGCAGGCAUGCACAGAGAUCAGCCUAUGCUACGAGAGCAACAACGUGACCGACAUGUUCCCUCCUCUGAGUUUCACAGAGAAAAGCCGGGAGCAGUACUGCUUAAGACGCUGGGGUGUAGUGCCUCGACCAAACUGGCUGAAAACCCAGUUCUUUGGUGACCGUAAGUCAAAACAACACCAGCAGACUCAUUUGAUCAUUCUUAAAUAUUUACAGGUGGUAUUAGGAUAUGAAAUUGAAGAGAUUUGAUACUUGAAUCCAAAUAUUAAGCAGCUAGUCAGGACCACAAAUGUGUGAAAGUUCACUCAGUCAUCUAAUCACACACACCAGACAUGUUUUCUGUUUGUACACCAGUAUUUUGUUUUUUAUGUCCUUUUUUUUGUUUUCAGAACUCUCCUCAAGCAGCAACAUUAUUUUCUCUAAUGGGAAUCUGGACCCAUGGGCGAAUGGAGGGGUAAGAGAUCACACAGAAUAACACAUGAGUAACUUAAGUCCCCUAUUACAGUGUGACUCAUUCAGACCUCUGUCAUUCAGGUACGUCAGUCCAUAAGCCCGUCACUAGUAGCUCUCAACAUCUCUGGAGGAGCCCAUCACCUGGAUCUGAGGUAAAGCACGGUGCUCUUGUUUUUAAUCUCUAAGGCUAACAGGAGGGAAACCCUAACAAUUCUCUGUUUUUCUUCUUCUUCUCCUUCUUCAGAGGGUCCAACGAUGCAGAUCCAGUGUCAGUCAUCAUCGCAAGGAGGGCCGAAGCAGACCUCAUCGCACAGUGGGUGUACAAUGAGAGGAUCAGGUUAAGAAAGAAACCAUAAAUCAUUUUUUAGGACUUUCUGCUCAUAAAUAAAUUUGUUUUGUGCCAAAUCAUAUGUAAUUCCUGAGGUGACUGACACAGGAGUCCUUUGCACAUGUGCUGUUGGAGGCAGAAAGAGCCUGAUGCAUGUAUAUUAUGAUUGCAUGCUUUCUGUGUGUGUGUUUGAGUCCAGUGUCAGAAAAAGAGCUGCUACAGCUGAGGAAAUUUAAAACUAAUUCAACUCGCAACUGGAAAAAUUGUUUUUUUUCCCUUUAAUUUCAUCACAUUUUCAAAGCUGCUGUUUGACUACAAACUAGGAAAACCACCCCCAAUUUUCUUUUUUUUAAUGUAAAUAAAUGUUUGAAAAAGGAUGUUUGUUGUAGGUGUGCUCCUUCUAUAUUAUAUCAUAAUGCUAAUAGUAUUAAUUGUUUGUUUGAAAUCUCUGAAGAAUCUCAUCAUAAUGUACACACAGUAGCCCCUGUGGCCCUUUUCAAAUUUCCAAGAAGGAUCUUUUAGCUUUAUUUUUUAUUCUAAAAAUCUGAAUUGUACGGAAGAGGAUUAGGGCCACUGUAAAAAAAAAAAAAAAAAAAAAAAAAGUCAAAUAUAUAUAUUUUUUAAAUUCAGAAGAAAAAAAAAAGUCCUAAUUCUGACUUUAAACUCACAAUAAUAAUUAAAAAUAUAUAUAUAUUGGACUUCUUUUUUUCCCAGUGGCCCUCAUUGUGUUCUGUAGAGUUGUCCUUUUUCGAAUUCAGGCAAAAAAAAAAAAAUUUGAAAACCUCAGAACUUAAGAUAAAUGUUGAUACCAGUCACAUAACUUUUCCUACUCAUUACCAUCUCUGAUAUGUAUUGAAACAGUUUAGCUCACUGAAUUUUUGGCUGUACUAGCUUUUUUAUCGUCGCCCUAACCCCAGAUAUCUGGACAAAGCAGAUCACUAUUUCAUGACUCAAUGACCGACACGUUUCAAUAAAAUCUGUUUUUAUUUGUACAUUUUUUUAAUUUUUUUACAAAAUAAAGCCAAUUAUACACCAGAUGACAUGGACAUCCUGUUAUACACAGCUUGAAAUAAAAAACACUGACACCCGCUGACCCCACUGUGGCUUGAGUAAACCUGCAAACUUUAUCUACAGAGAAUCUGAAACCUUUUAAUACAUUGGUUAUGACGUAACUGCAGCUGAAUCUCCGAUGUCUUCUCUUAGCCCUCAUGAAUGUUUAUAAAGAGUAAACCGUGUUAAGAAGCCACACCGCUCUAACUACAGGUUAUUGUAACUCCAAGAUGAUAGGAAAUGGCAGUGUAUGUAUCCAAGAGAGACCAAAAAAAAAAAAAAAGGUAGUCCCCAUAACUCCUGUAAACGGAUGACUUCUGGGUGCUCCCACACAUGACUGCACAGGCCGCUCACUCUUCAUGAUAAGCUGUAAACCUUCAUUGCAGUAGUGUGUCUCCUUCUAAUAUGGUCCACAGGAGGAUGCAUUAUGACAGAUAUCCAGGUGAUGCUACUUUCAAUAAACUUUUGUGGAAAAAAUACAAUUUUUGAGAACACAAAGGAAAAAAAAAACCCAAAUCCAGAGGUGCGAUUUCCUGCUUCAUCCUCCAUGACUUUAAUCCUAAAAUAUUAACACCACACUCCAAACCCACACAUUCCAAAGUGUUAUCAAAAGCACUAAAAAUAUCUCCUUCUAGUUUUAUUAUUUUUUUUAAAUCUGAAAAAGGUGCCUUUGGAAAAAUGGCUUUAAAUUUUUAAAAUCCCAAACAAUUUAAACAGCAGGGUCAAAUUGGAUUCUCAGUGUGUCUUUGGCUCGGUAGUGAUGCUGAAAUACAUCCAGGGAGGGAUCAAUAGAGCCCUUAUAAUCAAGAUUUAAAAAUACACACUGGUAAAGAUGGAUAUUCUGUAAAGCUAAUGAUAGAUGUUAAAAGGACUGAUAUAAAUAUAUCAAUUUUUUUGUCACAUAAAUGGAAAAAUACUCUCUUCUGCAGUGGUAAUACUCAUACUGUGGAAGCCCAUUACUGCCAAAAAACAAAAAAAAAAGCAGUCACAAUAAUGAGAUGAAAAGUAAAAGUACCAGAUCUUUUUAUUUAAUUGUUUUAAUGUAUUUAUUUAUUUUUUUUAAUUUUUCAAAAAUUUUCUUGUAGCUUACACUUAAGGCUUUGUAACUCAGAGUAGACGUUUUAGCUCAUAUCAUGGCUUUUAAUGUCACAACUUUGACUUUCAAACUCAUACAUUGGAUCAUAUAGCUUAUUGUUGAUGGUCUGGCUCAUAUUUUUACAGUUUUAACUUGAUUUUAGAUUUUAUAGCUCAUAGUUUGUCCUUACAGGCACUCAAUUUUGAUUUUGUAGCUUAUAUUCUAGGCUCUUCUGAACUAAUUAUAACCAUUAUAGUUCGCAUUACAGAUAUUUUAGCCCACUAUCUGGACUUUGUGUCCCAAAUAAUUACUUUCAGUCAUUUUUAAAUGAUCUUUUGUUUUUUGUUUUUUUACAAUUGAUCUCAUUAUUAUGACUUUCUUUCCCGUAGUUUCACUUUUGAAUUUAAUAAAACUGACCAUGUCAUAAUAAGAAAUUAUCCAAUUAUUUUUUUGCAUUGUUUUCAUUUGUCCGUCAUAAUUUCCAUCACAACUUCAGAUCUAUGUUUUCUGUUUUGAUUAUCAAGUUGUUUUUUUUGCUUUUUGCAGGAAUGGGCUUCCAUAUUACAUUGUAUUUUAUGUGCAAUUACACAAAGACAGGUCAAAUGGAAAGAAAUGAAGCUAACGGUUGUCUUUUGGAUGUUGUCUAAAGCAACAGUAAAGGCACAAGUGAGACAACACCAAGAAAAUAAUAUUAACAAGUUUGGUCUUCAUACAAUUUAUAAGGAUUUAGAAUUAAUAACUAAGAUUCGAGUAAAGGAAUAAUAUUUACAGGAAUGACUGCAGCUGCUCCAAAGCUGCUGCUGCUACUACGGAAAACUAAACCAUAUGCUCAAGGAGAGCUUCAGAUAGCUGCAAUUAUACCUUUAAAUAUACACAAUAAUCAAUAUAUUACAUGAAAUCAACGAUCAAAUUUCCCAAAUAAUCACUUUUAGGGAAAAGCAAAGAUAUGCUACACCUUACCAAGAAAAAUUUACAAAAGAAGAAAGAAGCUGAACAUUCAAAAAAAGGAGCCACAAUGCUCCACAGAAAAUUACAAAGCUUCACAGUUUAGAGGAAAAUCUAAUGCCAGGCGGCAAAAUCGACGUCACCUUGGCCCCAGGUAAAUCACUGAUGCUGUAUUCAUGUCAUGUGGGAAAAAACGGCUUUAUCUGCCAUAAAUGCACAAGUUUAUCAGACAGAUGUCAAAUUCAAAUUUAUUGCAGGUCAAAGAAACCCACAUCACUGUCAUCUAAAAGUUUGGCGCAUUACCAUGAACAGAAAUACAUUUUUCAACCUGCUCAUUAGAUUUCCUCACAUGUAUAUGCUGUGAUGUGUAACAUAGGAACUGUAGUCAACAGGCUUUGAAGAGCCUUAAGGCAAUCAUGAUGAGGAUAAAUAUCAGACAUGAGGUUGAAUGAGGUAAAAAUGACUGUGUUUUGAUUGUAAUUUCUCUGGAUGAGGUCAAAAUGACAAGUUACUUUCCUUUGAGUUAUUAUUUCUCUGUAUUUGGCACAACUAUUUAUAGUUUGAACGUCCUCUCUAUCUUUGCGGACUGACCCUUUAACUCCUCUUUAUGUUGACCAUUGUGGCUACAGUGGUUCAAGCCAAGGGCUGCCCCUCUAACUGAUUCAUUUUUAAACUCAUUUAAUCUGUCUAGUUAGAGGUCUCCAUCACAGUUCCUAAAGGAGGGCUUUCAUGCAGAAAAGCCACAUUUCCCAUAUGACAUGAACACAGCAUGAAGAAACAGCCAAACACUGACUGGGGGAUUUGUUCACAGCCCGUCAGGACACUUCAGUUACAUUUUCUGAAGAUAAUGGUAAUCCGACUGUAUUACACAUGGUGUGACUGCCACCUGGAGGGGCAAACAUGCCAGCACAGCGGUCGAGGAGUUGGUGCAACAAAACCGUUUAGUCUUCUCCAAGCUUACAGAGCUGCGUGAUUUUGGGGGAAAAAAACUAACACUGCAAUCUCUGUGCAUGGUAAAAUGAAAAAAAAAAAAAGCUUCAUUUUGUUUUAAACCUGGCAAAUAAACUUUUGUUUUUUCUAUUUGCCUUCAACCGUUUCUUAAAUAUGGUCAAAUAUACGCAUAAUCUUCAGCCUCAUGGUCGUAUCUUUCCAGAACCAAAGCUCACCUUCUGUUCCUACCUGUGAAGUUUACUGAGAAAGCAGAAAGCUCAAUAAAGGUUUCCCUACCUUAUUCUGAUUAACUUAGUCCCGCCAAAACUCAUGAGUGAAUUUAUUCUACUCAGUCACAAAAUGGUAUAUCUCAGUCUAACUUUAAAAUACAGUCUCACCAAUAAAUAAAUAAAUUUACUUUGUGCUUUAUUAUGAUGGCAGGACAUUCUCUAUGGGGCAGAUAGGCUGGCUGUUGAAAGUGAUGAAUUAAACCAUCGUCUCUGUAAUGUUUCAUAUCAAACUAAUUGUGUUGAACACAGGAUGAUUGCUAUUGACUCGCCAAACAAGGGUUAUGUAUGUAUUUCAAGUGGCUGUUGGGGUCAUUUUCACCUUCUACUUUACAAAAUGUCCAAACUGCUGACAUAUUAGCCACAAAGUUGCUAAUGCUAAGUUAGUCCAGUGUGUGUUCUGCACCAUGAAUUGUGCUGAGUUCACGACAUCUGAAGAUUGCCUGGAUUGCUAAUCCCUGAUCAGUUACAUAAUGCUGAUAAUGGCUCCAAUUUGACAGGUGGGAUCAGUAUCAGGGCAUCCCUUAUUCCAUUGACGGUUCAAUAUUCUGACUAUAGAGCAAUCUGUUGAGUUUUCACGAAGCCCCAAUUUUCGUAAUAAUAAUAAUAAACUUUUUGGGAUACUUUUUUGGGCUCAAAUCUUUUAUGGGGCGGUCACACCAUGUGCAAGUAAAAUCAUUUGCACAGGUGAAUUACACACAAAGACACGAUUAGACGCUUGUUCGACUCAGACAGGGUGAAUGACACGAAUUGUGCAGCGCGAAUUGAAUUAAGUGGACUUUUUGGGAGAGUUGAGCAAGUCAUUCACGAGAAAGACAUGAAUUGGGCAAAUUCGCUAAAGUUGAAAUAUCUUAACUCAAGCGAAUGUUCACGUCAAGAUAACUAACCCCCAGUUUUCACCACAUCCGGAACUCCGAUACGGAUCAGCUGCGAUUUUCACUGUCCGCCAAUUCCUACUGGAUCCAUUGGUGAGGAGAAUUUCGUGGCGGAUUACAGACAGCGGUAAUCGCGAGAACUCACAAGAACGCGCAAAUUUACGUGCAAUCACGCGAUAUCGAGUUGUUUCUAUAAAGACAGCCACAGAGACUAACCAUACAAGCAGUAGAUUGUGUUCUUCCAGAGGAGGAAAUCCACCUCUAGACUUCUACAAUUAGCAUCUUCUCAUACAUGGUGUGAUCUGGGUGAAAUGCUGUCAAAAAAACUUUUCACUUGUUUGCCCCGCCUGUUUGCAGAGUGUGAAAUACGAUCCACCUGAAAUACGCUGUGUUUUAUUUUGAAAAGUAGCCAGAUGUUUUAUUUUGUGUCUGUGCCCGACUUCCUUUCCAGCACGGGUUAAUCUGUGAUGAAUUUAUCCAGCAUGUUCUGGCGUCCGGAAAAAAUAGAAUUCUUGCGAUCCGCAGCGGAACAGAAUAAAGUCGGUGGAAAUUGACACUUUAACUUGAACGGUUACCAUCAGCUGCUGUCGGUGGAUACGGCGUUUUCGUAGCUGCUCCGGAUGCUGUGGAAAUUGGGGUUAAGGCAGGAGUAAAAAAAAAGAGCUCAACCGGAGGAAAAAGAGUGAGGAGGUCUGAUUAUCUGGUAAGUUAUUUGAAAUCAACCAAUCCUCACAGCGUGGUCAACCUCUGCUAUUUUCUAUGUAAACAGAUUGACAUGACAUGUGGGAACUCCUCCUCUCUUUCUCUCCUCUUCCCUAAUCACACGUGUUUUAGGGCACUCUGCAGACGUGAUACAAACACGCGCAUCAAUCAAAAUAUUCUUUCAGAUUAAGCAGGUAAAUAUGCACAAUUCACGAGUUCAGUGAGUAGAUGGUUUUACUCGCACUUGGUGUGACUAAUAUGUCUGUGCAGUCGUCCACAGUCAAGAAAUGAUCAGGACAUUCAGAGUAGCAGCACAGUGUGUUUUGAAUCACUUAUUCAACAAUGCCAACCAUGUGACGAACGCCAAGGUUAAACCAUAAACCAUGCCGCUCUAAUAGGCUUGUCACACUUACAAUAACAUCACAGCCCUGAAUCCCCUGUUACUUUACGUGGUCAAAAGGCGACACAGCAGCAUUCAGAACAUGUAAAAUGAAACAAUCACCUCCAGUUUUGACAGGUUGAACUACAGCUUCCAGCCUCCCUGUCAGUUGUUCCAGAUGACAAGACAAUGACAUUGAAGUGCUGGCAAAGAGCUAUCUCUAAUGCUACUGAUAGUGGCUGUUAUGACUGCUGCUGGGUUUGUUGCACUGUGGCGUGAUCCAAUUUGUCCAUUUAGAAAAACAGUGAGUAGAUUUCCCUGAACACUGUCCUCAAGUGUGUGUUUUUCUACCCAUUUCCACCAUUAGGUGCAGGCUUUCCUUCGUAAUGCUGCUUACGAAACUAUUUCCAUUAUAAUAAAAAGAAAAUGAAGCAGGGCAUUCAAAGUUUCUUAAAGGUUUUCUGACAAAAAACGAACGUUACUACUAUAAGAAACAAAUGUUCACGACUGUGACUGAAAUGAAAGCUACAAGCAGCUUCAGACUUAAAUGUUUCAGUUCUACCCGGCGGUCCUCCUCUUUCUGUUAAAAUGCGGUUAAGACAUCUUUGAUUCAAGUCACGAUCAGGUUUUUGCUGAAUUAGUGGUCUGGAUGACGAAAAGCUUCUACAGCAUGAACUUCUGUCACUAUCAGGAGUCCACGACUGGUCAGGUUGACAAAAAAAAAGGCUCGGCCAGACUGACUUAAGCUUUAGUUUUCUCCAUGGCUGUUUGUAUUUAGCUAAUAUCUUAUUCAAUUAGAAAACGGAGGCUUCCUCUUUGUGUGUUCCAUGUUCAUUGUUCUUUUUUGAAUUCCUGUUACUGAAACAGGAAUCAUCUUGUUGUCAGAACGUCCCUGAGAUGUUUGGAAUGUCCAUAUCUGCGCUUUUUUUGACUUUCUGUGUGUAUUUGUGUGUGUUUGUGUUUGCGUUAUGAGGUGGCAGCCCAUAUAGGCAGGGGGUGAGCCUCAGUGUUGAAGACAUACUGGUCCAGGCUGAUGAAGUUUGGGUCAUCGUAGAAGAGCAGGUACAAGUACUUCAGUGUCUCUCCCAGGAAGAAGCUCUCCAUCUUGUCUCGAGGACUCGGGUAGUCUGGGUCUCGCACGUUAUUGAUAGAGGUGUAGCCCCC